AAUAAAAAUAGAAACUGCACAGAAGGGGCGACAGAAGGGUUGUUGAGUUUACGAACCUUCAGUUUUUGGGAAUCGAUUCGAUUCCUGUCAUUCGAUUCAGUUUUACUUUUGCGAAGAAAAUAUAAUAAAUAUUUUGUAAAUAUUAGCUGAACCUUUAUGUCUAAUAUGUUAGGUACUUUCAUUUAUUUAACUUUGCCGUACAACUAGUGUAAAAAUGAAAGUAAAAUGAUAAAGUGACAAUAUUAAGAACCGAUUCAAAAUUUAGCAUUCUCUAAAACUAAAAAAUCGUUUUGAUGAUUUAAGAUGAUCAAGUCUCAACUUGGUCUUAGCUCUAUAUUAAGAAAUUUUGGUCAUUUUUCAACAAAAGGUCUGUUUCAUGAAAUAAAAAAUAAAAGUAAUAUUUGAGCUGUGAAUUGAGGUGUUAGUGGUAAAAAUAGCAAUAUGAUAGCAAGACCGUGGACUGACGAUCUUCCGAAGUGCAGGAAUACGUGUGUAGCUUCGUAUUUUUCAAAGCUCGGAGGACACUCAAAUGCUAACGAUGAUUAUUUAUGUUUUUUCUGUCAAACAGAGGAUAACUUUUGUUUAUAUGGAGUAUUUGAGCCACACAAUGGUCUUGAAGCGGCCAGGCUUAUCAUGCAAAGAAUGGCAGCUGAAAUAUUAUUUCCACCACCCUCAGCCAACACAGAUGAAGAGAUACGAGACAGACUUAGGAAUGCCUUUGUGUCAGUUGAGAAAGCAUACAUUGAAAACUAUGAUGGAAUGAUAGCAGAGAGAACUAGUUUGCAAUAUCAGCUGCAGACUUCUAGUGAGACUCAGAAUCGCCAAAUUAUAUUGUCUCGCUUAAAAGAAAUAGACCAGCAUCUGUCCGGAGGUGCUACUGUGGUCGUAGCUUUAGUGCACAAAAAUAAACUAUUUGUUGCUAAUGUUGGUGAAAGUAGAGCUCUGCUAUGUCGUACGGAUGAUAACUCGGUAUUACGGGUCGUGCAGCUGACCGUUGACCACAGUCUCAACAACGAAGACGAGCUGCUCAGACUGUCUCAGCUAGGCUUAGACGUUAAUAAACUGAGGAAUGCGCAAUACCUCGGCAACCAAACCGGGACCAGAUGUCUGGGGAAUUAUUUAGUCAAGGGCCUGUACAAAGCGUUUCCCAGCAUCAGCCCGGCCUCGUCCGAGCCCGUGGUGGCCUCCCCGGAGAUACACGGACCCAUCGUCCUGGACGACAGCUGUAGAUUUCUGAUCCUAGUAAGCGCGGGCGUUUACAAACGCAUACAGGAGUCGAGGGGCAGCAGCGAACAAACGAACAAACAGCUCGCCCAGAUGAUCGUUGAGCACUUCAGAAAGCAGACAGACUUCAAGGCCGUCAGCGAAACGGUCCUGCACGAGAUCGAGGAGGAGUUCAUAUCCCACUGCGUCAAGAACAACUUGACGCCCAAAUCGAACACUCACGUCACGCUGCUCAUAAGGAACUUUAACUUUAUUGCGGCCGCGGGGGCGGAGCCCGGGCCUCCCAGGAGCGCCUCGGUGCGCUUCAACCCGGUCGUGCAGUCCAAGUCCAGCACGCUCUUAGAUGAGAUGGAGUCCAGCUCGCCGGAGUCCCCGGUCGACACGUGCCCGGGCCGCCAGUACGACAAGCACGUGCGCAUCAAGGGCUACGUUGACUUCGCGUGUUACUACGAGAACGUGGAAAGGGCGCGUCGCGGCGGCACCCUGCCAGACUUCAUCCAGUGAGCACCCCCUACUCAGGGUAAAUAACCUGUUUUUUGUACUUAAACACUAAUCAUACCAACACUUACUGGUAUCUAUUUCUACCAUAAAGGGUAGAUGCGACAAGUAUGUGAAGUCGUAGUGGCCUAAAGGAUAAGACGUCCGGUGCAUUCGUGUUGAAGCGAUGCAUCGGUGUUCGAAUCCCGCAAAGAAAAAAAGUAUUUCUCAAAAUAAACAAAACAAACAAAAAAAAAAGUAUAAUAACUGUAGAGUAAUUGGUAAGAAAAAUUCGUGACGUCAAAUGUGCAAAAGCAAUAAGACGACACGUGCAUUUUCAAUGCAAGAGUUCAAAAUGGAUCAUUUGACCUGUUAUGGUAUGUUUAGUGUUAACUAAUAAAGAGCUAUAGACGGAUGCUCGAAUCGAUCUUCAGACGGAUCUCGGGAUGUUUCUUUGCUAGUUUCUAAUUUAUUUAUUUAUUAAACUCCAUGCACAAAGGUGCAAUGUUGGACUUAAUACCUGAGGCAUUCUCUAUCAGUCAACCAAGGGUGGUGUAGUCCUGUGGUAGGUGCAUUACUUAUUGCGAAAAUAACACACAACAAUGUACACAAUAUUAUAUCAUGAUAAUAAUAUUAUAAAGUUUACACAUAUAUCUAUAUAUAUUCACUAUAAUAUACUCGUAUAUUCACAUACAUAUAUAAUCAUAUACACAACAUAAAAAUACAACAAAUUGUAAAUAUAUUUAUUGUUGUUCAAGAAUGUCCAAUCACCACAGCCAGAGUCUUGCAAGUGGUCUAUGGACCUUAUUAAGUAUUCAGUUCAUGACUGUAUAUACCUCGGUGACAGGGUGUUGACUGUUAGUAUCCGAGAACAUUGUUUGCAUGUUACGUUAAUAAAUUUGAAAUAUUUCAAAUAUUAAGUUACAUCAUGUUUUUAUAUGUAAUAUUUAUAUUGUUUUAUAAAUGAAUUCGAAUAAAUGUCAUUUUAUAAUAAAUAAAAACAAAAACAAAA